AUGGCUGGCAACCACACAUCAGGAGAGGACAGCAAGGACUUCAAUUGCUCUCUGUCGGGUCCCAAGAUUUAUAGCCCCAAUGGAUCUAUUGAAGAUGAGCUGGAAGAGCAAAACCUGUGGCCUAGAUCCGUGGCGCAAAAAUGGAUCCUGAUGCUUUUCAUGGGCACCUGCCUCCUCUACUGUGCCAGGAUGGUCAUGCCAAUCUGUGCAGUGUCAAUGGCAGCUGCUUUUCACUGGAGUAAAAUCGAUUCUGGCCUGGUCCUGGGUGGAUUCUUCUGGGGCUACUGUUUCACACAGAUACUGGGAGGACAUGCCAGUGACAAAGUGGGAGGAGAGCACAUCCUGGUUAUCUCUGCAGCCUCGUGGGCUCUGAUCACAGCCAGCACCCCUCUGCUGGCCCACCUUGGCUCUCACACACUCGCUGCCAUGACUGUGGCCAGAUUUCUUAUGGGACUGUUGCAGGGUGUUUUUUUCCCAUCGUUGGCCAGUCUGUGCUCUCAGCGUGUUGUGGAAGGAGAGAGAGGCUUUUUAAUGAGCACCAUGCACAGCGGUGGCCAUCUUGGAACGUUGUUAGCGGGAGGGAUGGGGUCCCUGAUGCUCGACCAGUAUGGCUGGGAAAGCAUGUUCUACAGCACUGGUGUCCUGGCUGGACUGUGGGCACUGAUAGUGUGGCAGUAUUUAUUGAAAGGUUCAACAUGUGACUUUUCCCUGAAGCAGUUGAAGAUGAAAAAUGACUCACAGUGGAGUUUGUCAAGUACACGCUGGCUGAGUCUGUUUAAGAAGCCACCUGUCUGGGCCAUGGUGUUUACUCACAUGUGCAUGUGCAGCACGUCCUACACUAUAUUGUCAUGGUUGCCAACGUACUUCAAGGAAUCAUUUCCUCAUGCCUCGGCGUACAUAUACAAUGUAAUUCCAUGGCUAACUGCAAUUCCAUCAGCACUUGGUGGAGGAUAUGUUUCGGAUUUCCUCAUCAGCCAAGGAUAUAGUGUAGCGUCUGUGAGAAAGAUAAUGCAGCUUUUCGCCAUGGGGGUGUCCAGUAUGUUCAUAAUGCCUCUGUCUGGAGACAUCACAUUUCGCUCUGCAGUGAUUUUUAUUUCUACUGCCACGGGUUUAUCCACCUUUACCAGCAGUGGUGUGGCUGUGAAUGUACAAGAUCUAACCCCAUCAUGUGCAGGAGCCCUCUACGGUUUUAUGAAUAUGAUGGGCGCUCUGAUGGGGCUGGUGUUGGUCUCCGUGUCAGGCUACGUGAUUGAGGUCACCCUGUCGUGGACCACAGUCUUCUCUCUCAUCACUUUAGUUAAUGUCACCGGUCUUGGGGUCUUCAUCACCUUUGGAGAUGCUCGUCGUGUCGACCUGAAAGAAGACAGCCAGGUUAUUGUGCUUUGACCCAGACAGGACAUUACAUUUACACAAAACUAUAAGCACAACACAGUGUUCAUUAAGUAAUUAUUGCAGUUUUAUAUGACAUUAAAUUAUAUAUAUUUUUGUCUAUGUUUUGACAAAACUAUCGCAAUUUUGCUGCUCUGUAGAAAUACUGUGGACUUGAAAUGAAGGACCUAGUGUUCAAUAGUUUUAAUUAGUGUAAAUCACUCUGCCUACUAAAUGUGGACUGCUUUAUACAAAUAUUUAUGACUGUAUGAAUAUUUAUUGUAGAAAGUUGAAUUUCCACAAAAAAUUGUUUACAUACAGUGCCUAUAAAAAGUAUUCACCCAGCUUAGAGGUUUGAUCCUUUUAUUGCUUUUCAACAUUAA